CUCAACAUUACAUUUCAUUUCUGUUAAACCCUACUAGCUUCUAACCCUCCUCCACCACACUUGGCUGCUGCAACAUCACACACCACCAUGGCUUUCAUUUCCAAUUCCAAGCUCCUCCGAUGGCGACCCACUCUCCGCCCCUUCUUCCCCAACCCUCUCUCCCGCUCCUCCACCUCCACCUCCCUCGCCGAACCUCUCUCCGAUCCCGACCACCACACCCAACCUCCUCGUUCCGAACCCCAAUCCCGAUCCAGAACCUCAUCCCAACCCAACCCUGAACUCAUCAUCUGCCGCAUGAUGGCUAACCGAGCCUGGACAACCCGCUUACAGCACUCGAUCCGCUCCGUCGUCUCAAAAUUCGACAGCUCCCUCGUCUGGAACGUCCUCCACAGCGCCGCCAACCCCGAACACGCUCUCCAAUUCUACCGCUGGGUCCAACGGGCUGGACUCUUCGUCCACGACAGGGAAACCACCCUCAAGAUGAUCCAAAUCCUCACGCGCUACUCCAAGCUCAACCACGCGCGCUGCAUCCUCAUUGACGCUCCUAAGUACAAUGUGCCCUGGGAUGAGGACAUGUUCGUCGCGUUGAUCGAGGGCUACGGUCGCGCUGGGAUCGUUCAGGAAGCGGUUAAGGUCUUCCAGAUGCAGAAGGAGCGGACUGUGAAAUCGUAUGAUGCAGUGUUCAAGGUGAUUCUCAGGAGGGGGAGGUACAUGAUGGCGAAAAGGUACUAUAAUGCAAUGUUGAGGGAGGGUAUUGAACCUACUAGGCAUACGUAUAAUAUUCUUCUUUGGGGUAUGUUUUUGUCUUUGAGAUUGGAUACUGCUAUUCGUUUGUAUGAGGAUAUGAAAACUAGAGGUGUUUCGCCUGAUGUUGUGACUUAUAAUACUUUGAUUAAUGGUUAUUAUCGGUUUAAGAAGGUUGAGGAGGCUGAGAAUUUGUUUGUCGAGAUGAAGGGGAAGAAUAUAGCGCCUAAUGUGAUUAGUUACACGACUAUGGUGAAGGGGUAUGUUGCCGCGGGGCAGGUUGAUAAGGCUCUGGAGGUUUUUCAGGAGAUGAAGUCUUGUGGGAUUAAGCCGAAUGCGGUUACGUUUACCACGUUGUUGCCGGGGCUGUGUGAUGCGGAGAAAAUGACUGAGGCUCAGAAUGUGUUGGGGGAGAUGGUGGAGAGGUAUGUUGCGCCUAAGGAUAAUGAUGUUUUUAUGAAACUGAUGACUUGCCAGUGUAAGGCUGGGAACUUGGAUGCGGCUGCUGAUGUGCUGAAAGGGAUGAUAAGGUUGAGCAUUCCCACGGAGGCUGGUCACUAUGGUGUCUUGAUUGAGAAUUUCUGCAAGGCUAGUGUGUAUGACAGGGCUGAGAAAUUGUUGGACAAGUUAAUUGAGAAGGAUAUCAUCUCGAGGCCGCAGAGUACUUAUGAAAUGGAAGCUAGUGCGUAUAACCUGAUGAUUAAGUAUCUGUGCGAUCAUGGGAAGACAGGUAAAGCAGAAACGUUUUUCCGCCAGUUAUUGAAGAAGGGUGUGCAGGAUUCUGAUGCUUUCAAUAAUUUGCUCCGCGGGCACUCGAAAGAAGGCAAUCCUGAUUCUGCUCUUGAGAUCGCGAAGAUCAUGAGCAGGAGAGGGGUGCCUAGAGAUGCAGAAUCUUACAGAUUGCUUAUUGAGAGUUACUUGAGAAAAGGAGAGCCGGCUGAUGCUAAAACAGCUUUGGAUAGCAUGCUUGAAAGUGGGCAUCUACCAGAAUCAUCUCUUUACAGGUCAGUUAUGGAGAGUUUGUUUGAAGACGGCAGAGUUCAAACUGCAAGCAGGGUAAUGAAAAGUAUGGUGGAGAAGGGGGUAAAGGAGAAUAUGGACUUGGUUUCAAAGAUAUUGGAGGCCCUUCUCAUGAGAGGUCAUGUUGAAGAAGCUUUGGGCCGAAUUGAUUUACUUAUGCUUAACGGGUUUGAGCCUGAUCUAGACCGCCUUUUAACAGUUCUUUGUGAGAAAGAAAAGACAAUUGCUGCGCUCAAACUUUUAGAUUAUGUUCUUGAGAGAGACUUCAUCAUUAGCUUUUCACUCUAUGAUAAGGUUUUAGAUGCUCUCUUAGCAGCAGGGAAGACCCUCAAUGCAUAUUCGAUCUUGUGUAAAAUUCUGGAGAAAAGAGGUGCUACAGAUUGGAGCAGCCGUGAUGAACUGAUUAAGAGCCUUAGCCAGGAGGGGAACACAAAGCAAGCGGAUGUUUUGUCGAGAAUGAUCAAGGAAAAGGAGGGAAGUUCCGUAAAGAAGAGAGAAGGAAAGAAGAAAGUUAGUGCAGCUACAUAAUUUGUUCUCUCAUCAUUUUAUUUUUAUGUUUUAGAUGUGACAAGAAUUCAUGAGUUUUGUGUUGGCUGUAAUAAGUUGUUAUAUGAGGAAAAGAAUUCAGGAAUUGUUCUUUAUUUAUAACCCAAAACUGCAAUUUCUUCUGACUGACAAAAUCAGAAUUUUGUUAUGACACACAUCAUAUGUCAUUAUCUUUUAUUUUGUCGCUAUGUUGUUAUCAACAGUCUACUAUCAAGGUCUCCCCAUUGUGUUUUUCAUGUUAAA